GUUCAUGUUGUAUGGAGUAGAAAGAGAUAUUAUCAAUUUUAAAACUACGGGCUUUAGAAUGGCUGCACGUUGCACACACACACAUACACGCACAUAAACCUUUUUUUUUCUUUUUCCUUUCUGUGUUUCAUAUUUUAUCCAUAAUGAAGAUUUACACUGCUGCCUUGCUCUCUACUUUAGCAUCGGCCGUUCUCGCCUUUGAAAACACGGUACCCUGCCUUAUGUGGUCUCCCAAGGACUACAUUAAACCAGUGACCGAGGCCAGCAAUCAGCUUGUCAUCUCCAAUACCGAUGCAACUUUAAGAAUUCUUUCUUCUUUAUCUUCAGACAUUUGCUCUGCCAAAGUCAUUGCUUUAUUAGACCAACCCGAGGUUCAUAGCAACGAUUUUACUCGUUACGAUAACAAGCAUGCUUUCACUCAACUCAAGGAACACGCUAGUCAAGCUCAUUCUCGUUCUGAUAUUGAGUAUGUCACAGGUGGUGUUGAUGUUCAAGCAGUAGCUAAAAAGAUUGCUACCAAGUGUGAUGCUGCCAUUGCAACUUUGGAUGCUUCCACAAUCUCUGUUGAUGACUUCCCAGAACAAACUACACCCGUCGUUGCUAUUGUACCUCUUCCAAACACUAACAAUUUUGAAGGAAAUGAUGCCUUAUUAGGACGUUUCUUUCGAGUACUUGAGCAAAAGGUACAUGAUGACUAUGCCAUUAUCUACACAUCUAGCUCUACAAAGGCAGAUGAAGCUUUGACUCGUCGUGCCCCUUCUAAUACUAACUUACCCAUUUUUGCUAAAUACCAAUUAUUUACCCCUGGUAUCUUCAUGGUCCUUGGUGUUUCUAUUCUCUUCUUGUUUAUUGCCGGUACAGGCCUUACCUGGUUAAUGGGCAUUCAAACACCUGUUCGUAUGGAAGCAGUCAAACAAAAGAAAAACUAAGAAAGAGAAUGAAGAAAAAGAGAGAGAGAAAAAGAGACAUUUCUUUUUUUUUUUUAUUUACAUUCCCCCCUUCUCUUUUACAUGUAUAAAAAGUCUUUAUGUUUCGCUUUUUUCUUUCUUUUUUUUUCUAU